UCUUUGUGAUGUUGUGCCUUCUUCCAACGCGUGUCGCGUCUCCUUCAUACCCGAGAGCAGCCGACAAGUCUCGCCCUUCUCCGCCUUUUGCUCUCGUUGUGUUCCUCGGUCAAAGUAUUGAACUUCUUGCGCAUUAUAUACUCUCGCAUGAUAUAUUCUCUUAUUCCAACCUUUGUUUGCCAGUCAGUCAUGGACAAUGCUCGUGCUCUUCUGUUUGAUGUGUUCGGCACCUGCGUCGACUGGAGGACGACAGUGACCAAUGCCUUGAUUCAACAAUGCAAAGUGGCUUUGAUGAGAAGAUCAAUGAUCAUCACCAACGAUGUUCGAGCCAAAGCAAGUGCAAUGAGCGACGAUGAUUGGGGUGCCUUUGCACAAGAGUGGAGGAACACCUACUACAAGUUCACCCGAGCUCUUGCAGCUGAUGCAUCUCUCGGCUGGAAAACAGUCGACGACCAUCACCUCGAGUCAUUACAUGAAUUAUUAGUCCAGCAUGGACUAGGACGCGAAGACGGCGAGCUUGGUGGUCUCUGGAAUAAAGAUGAAGUCAAGGAGAUGAGUCUCAUCUGGCACAAGCUCGAUCCUUGGUCUGACACCGUCGCGGGUCUUGAGGCUUUGAACACCAAGUACGAGACAUGUACGCUCUCGAAUGGAAACAUCGCAUUACUCAAGGACAUGCAGAAACAUGGUGGCAUGCCUUUCAAGCACAUUUACUCUUCUGAGUUGUUCAACUCUUACAAACCAAACCCUGCCAUCUACCUGGGAGCUGCGAAGAGGCUGGGCUUGGAGCCCAGUCAGUGCGUCAUGGUCGCAGCGCACCUGGGUGAUCUUGAGGCGGCGAAAGGCUGUGGAUAUCGUACCAUCUACGUCGAACGCAGUCAAGAAGAAGAAAAGAAGAACGAAGAGGAAGCAAAAGACAAAGGCUUUGUGGAUAUAUGGGUCGGCAUCAAGGAAAAUGGGUUUGUCGGUGCUGCGGAGAAGCUAGGUCUCAGUGUGUGAUAUGCAUAAGUCCACCUUGCUUGGGGUAUCACCCUGCCUCAAUGUCAUAAUAGAUAUAUCUUCUCAGCCACCCACUCAUAUACCUCGCCGUGGUGCUUGAUUUGGAGCCUUACUUGAGCAUAUGGACCUGCUUGAGCAUAUGCUAUAGAUAACCUGGAUUUGUGUGUUUGGGUA